UCAGUCUCCAGAAUGCAGCUGGGAGUUCCAGAACCAUGUCCUGGCUCCAGAGCCGCUGAAGAGCCGCAGACACUUGCCGCGUGCACUCUCUGGGAAGAGAACUCCAGAGCGGAGGAGGCCUCGAGCGUGGGAUAUGAGAGACAAGCGAGGCAUUGAGGACUUCCACAGACUGUUGGACACUGUGAGCUGACAGCCAAACAGAAGUCCUGAUCGAGCUCCAUGAACGUCUACAUGCACGCAUAAACAUCAUACAGCUACAGGAGGAAACGUGAAUUGCUACAUUCUUCUGGUCUUUGCAGAGGAGAGAAGCACAGCAGCCAUGAGAGUAGAAACAUGGAACCUGGGCAUGAUGCUCUUCUUCUGUCUUGCUGCCGUGGGCAGCUGUCGCUCGGACAAUGAGCCAUUAUUGUCUAGGCGUCGCCGGGCCCCAGUUGACGACGCCAAAAGGUGCUCGUAUACGUUCCUGGUGCCCCAGCAGAAGAUCACAGGACCCAUCUGCGCAUCAGCUACAGGGCCUGAGCCGGAAAAGGAUCGAGUGACGCGCAUGGACAUCUCUGACCUGAAGGAAGUGUUGUCCAAGCAGCGUCGUGAGAUCGAGACGCUGCAGCUCGUGGCUGAUGUGGACAGCAACUUGGUCAACGAGAUGAAGCUCUUGCGCAAGGAGUCGCGCAACAUGAACUCGCGCGUCACACAGCUCUACAUGCAACUACUUCAUGAAAUAAUACGCAAGCGUGACAACUCGCUGGAGUUAGUACAGCUCGAGAACCGGGUGCUUAACGUGACAUCCGAGAUGCUGCGGUUAGCCUCGCAAUACAAGGAACUGGAGCUGCGCUUUGCUAUCCUGGCUGCUACCGUCAACAAUCAGUCAGUGCUGAUCUCGUUGCUGGAAGAGCACUGCAUGCGCGGGUAUGGACGCCACGAGCUGCCUGCCGUGCCACCGCUGGUGCAGGUGGUGCCCGAGACCAUCCCGGCAAACAACCGCUUCACCAACGAGAUCCAUGGGGAACAUAACAGAGCCUUCCCACGUGGCUCGCGCAUGGACGUCCCACCAACUGCUGACCCUCUGGGCAUCCCACCAGCACCACAGGGAACCCUGAACUCUGAUGGCCCAUUCCGUGAUUGUUAUCAAGUUCGCCAGGCGGGGCACAGCGCCAGUGGAAUGUAUCUUUUAAAGACAGAGGGCAGUGACCGGCUGAUCCAGGCUUGGUGUGAGCAGGGGUUGGACAACGGCGGCUGGACUGUCUUUCAGAGGAGAAAAGAUGGCUCAGUCAACUUCUUCAGGAACUGGGAGAACUAUAAGAAAGGCUUUGGGAAUAUAGAUGGCGAGUACUGGUUGGGGCUAGAGAACAUCUACAACCUGGCCAAGCAGGGUGACUACAGGUUGAUGGUGGAGCUGGAAGACUGGUCAGGGAAGAAAGUGUACGCAGAGUACAGCAGCUUCCGGUUAGAGCCGGAGAUUGAGGGCUAUCGGCUGCGCCUGGGAACCUAUCAGGGUAACGCCGGCGACUCGCUGUCCAGUCACAAUGGCAAGCCCUUCACCACGCUGGACCGUGACAAGGACACUUUCACAGCUGGCAACUGCGCUCACUUCCACAAAGGCGGCUGGUGGUACAACGCGUGCGGGCAGACUAAUCUCAACGGGGUGUGGUACUCCGGAGGCGUGUACCGCAGCAAGUUCCAGGAUGGGAUCUUCUGGGCUGAUUACGGAGGAGGCUUCUACUCCCUCAAAUCCGUCCGCAUGAUGGUUCGGCUGAUUGACUGAGAGUUGCUCCCUUGUCCUUUCAUCGCUUUCAAUAUAACGCGUUUAGUCAGUACAAUAACCAUUUCUAAUCAUUUUACCUUAACAAGGACAAAACAUCAGACACCAAAGAGCAAAAAGGAGGAGACAUCUUUUGGUCCAAGACGCACAGAGGAAAUGCAAAAGGUCUCCCUGUAGUCAGUGUGACCAUGAGAACAGUUCAUUCACAGUCACAAUCCCAAACUUGUUUUGGUCUUUCUUCCAGAUUUUCAUGUCGUCAAUUCUGUGACCAAAUUAGCUCGGAAAAGUACAUUGUACACAUCCUGCGGUUGUGAUUCUUCCCCCUCUCCCCUUACUUUUUCCACUCUAUACACAACAAGGACUGGAAACAGUCUGGGCUGAGAGCUCAGUUAACUUUGACGUGCAUUAUUCUGUAAAUAUCGUUGAGGUUUGUAUGUUUGCCUUGGUCUGUUUCCUGAUAGAGUUCAUUUGAGAACUCGGAUACAGGAGUUGCCCUUAUCAGCAUCUAUUAUUUAUCAGUAGUUAUUUAUAAUAGUUAUGCUAUUUGUUAUUUAUGCCUGUUUAUGAUGUUUUUGCCAUCCACACAUUCAUCUGCAUGGGUGUGUCGAUUGUGCCACGGUACAAUAUGUAUGUACAUAAAAACACAGUGGAAUCAAAUAAACUUGUACAGCACU